GAUUUCUGUAAAACAAAAUUAUCGCUGAUCACAAUUUGACCUAUGACCUGAUGUCGUCACACUGUGGAGAAGCGCGGGAGUGUCAAAACAUCAACAGUGGCUCACAUUUUUAGCUAUAGUUUGGGUUCUUAUUUGCGGUUCUUUGUAUUUUGAGCGAUCGACUGAAAUUACGUGAUGGGUUCGAAGGUGAUACUUAACGCUAAGGAGUUUUUCUCUAUUCUUCGGUCGCUUCAGGUUGAAAGUAGCAACGAUUCAGUCACAUUUGAGGAGGACAUCCAUAUUGUAAAAAUGAAUGGGGACAAAAUUGCUGCAGUGAACAUGUAUUGUGGCAACCAGACCAUCUUUGUUUGUGAAAAAGCUACCCCAAAAAAAUGUCAACCAGAGAAUCAGCAAAUGACAUCAAGCUGUGAUGAUAACGACGAUGACGAUGCUGCUGAUGAUGAUAUUGAUGUUGAUGAUGCUGAUGAUGAUGGUGCUGAUGAUGCAGAUGCAGAUGCUCUGCAGACAGAACUGGUGCCACAGCCACUCACAAUCAUGAAAGCAAGGCAGUUGCUGUCUUGGUAUACAUUAUCUUUGAAUCCUGGUAUGUCGAUUGCUGACAAGAAUCCCGCCUUACAUCCUCUUUGGGUGCGCUGUGACAUGUCUGACCCCGCUGGAACAACUUGGCUUGGGGCCGAACCAGUCUGCGUCGACACUAAAAUAACUGCCAUCAAACUCUACUCCAUCACCUGCAAAUGUUCAACUGUGGACAAACGGUCUCUCAUAACCUUAGAAGAAUUAAAACAGGAGCAUAAAAAAAGGCACAACUCGUCUUCUAUAGGGAUUAAAGGCAGUGCUAGAUUCAGUCUGUUUGGCUCCACUGUUGUCGAGAACACGACAAUUGAGUCGCAAAGCAGUGUCACAGUGGACCUGAAGUGGAGUCAUGUGGAGAGUGUCCUUGAGGUCCCACCUCUGUCCUCGACUGCAACACUGAAUAUUAAAGUUGCUACUGGAGACAUGAGAAGCCCCAUGUUUGAGAUGUACAGAGAACUAGAGUUUCUACAGACUUUAGCAGAUGGUUUGAGAACGGGUGAGACUGAAUGGAUGGAACCUUUGGAAAGCAUGUCAGCUGUUAAUCUGACCAAAUCCUACCUAGAAGAGCUUCAAAGUACAGCAAAGACACCCCGAGAUCAGCCAGCAAAGACACCUGAGACCUCAAAGAGGAAGUCUGAAACGGAAACUCCAAUUUUCAACUCUUUCUUGGAAAGAGGAGACAUGGACUUCGUGGAGCAGCUUUGGAUUCGCAUGAGAAAAAGCGUAACCUCAUACCAGGAUAUUGGAGACUGCCUGAAGUUAGUCAUUGACGCCCUAAGAUACGGUGACAUCAAGCCCUGGAUUCACAGAGACAGCAGCAGCUCCCUCAGCAAGCUCAUUCUACAGUCCUACCACCAGCAGGUGGAUCAUGUUUCUCUGACAGGCAUCACUCCUGUCAGCAUGCUGCUAGAAAUGGGUUUGGACAAGAUAAGAAAAGACUACAUCAACUACCUGAUUGGUGAAGAGCUGACCACUCUGAAUCACUUGUGGUAUUAUUUGAACACGGAAGUCGAUUUGCAAGAGCAAGUGGCUCGACUCAGAAAACUGCACCAUCUGCUGGACAUCAUCGUGACCAGCAGUACCUUCCUGUGUCUGCCCUACGACCGCCUCUUCCAUCUCACUCAAUCAUGCUUGCAGUACUACAAAACAGCCGCAUAUGAUGAAGAGCACGAGUUUAAACUCCAGAUCAAACCUGCAAUGAUCAGCCAUUUCUAUCAGAAAGAGCACCCCAUUAAGUGGGGGGUGGAGGUGACCAGCGGACACACCCCCUGGGAGGUGCGGACAUCCUUGCAGCUCAGCGACAGACCUCUAGUUGAUCACGUCGUCUUUGAAACCGAUUAUCCAACGGACACAGCUAGUGAGGACUGCGAAGAGCCUGCUUUCUUUUCAACCAUGUUGUGCUGCAGCCUUGUCAGCUGUGCAUAAUUUAGUUUAAAAUUGCACAAAAACAUUUAGGUGUUUUGAGAUUUGUGUUAGCCACUGAAACUGUUAUUAAAAACCUGCAGUAACCCCUUUUUGUUUUAUUCUGACAUUACCUUAUUGAUUAAGUGUACCUCUCUGUCCAUCUGUCUGUCCAUUUUUCUUAAGAGAACAAUGGCAGAGAAAAUAAUACAUUCAUUGAAGAAAUAUUGGCCAAACAAAUUAGUUUAAUUUAAAGUACAGAGGAUAAUAGUGGCUGUUAGCAAAAACAACAUUGCACUUCAGUGUUCCAAUAUGGAAAUCAAUAUAUUGGAGGUGUAUUCUGAAAGUUUUGCCUUCUAAGUUCCAGUAUUUUUCCGGAAACUUUGUAUUCACACUUUAAAUUAACACUCAAUAGUUUUCUCUAAGCUCUGU